ACCUGCCCCCACCUCCAGAGCCUCCCCCAGGGGGGGAGAGGUUGCAGGGUCUGCAGGGGAGCAUGGAGGCCAGCAACGCAGUGAACGUGGCCUUGUCCUCCCUGGAGAGGAGCGAGUACAGCAGCCAGAGGAAGGGCUCGGCUCACAGACACAUCGAAAAUGAGGACCCACUGCCCUACAGCAGUAAGGUUCUCCACCUCUCCAGGAGCCAGAUGUCCAGUAACUGCUCGACCACAGGAAGCUCCUCGUCCAGAGGCUCCACGGGCUCCAGAGGGCCCCCCUCAGCCAGGAAAUACACCGAGAGCAACUCUGGAAUAAAUGUCUUGCCCCAGGAUACAUCGACUGCAGGGUCUGGGAUCAAACCACAACCCUCCGAGGUAGUAUACUAUACUAUAUACUGUAUAUACUAUAUGGGGUGGCAUUGA